AUGACCGACCACAGCGUACGCGCGGGCGCCCUCCGAAAGGAAUACCUCGAUCUAGGUCUCCGAAAUUCACAAGAAGAUGAUGGUUCCGUAUCGUCGCAAAAUGGCGGUUUUACCGAGAUAUCGCCUUUCCUACAAGACUUGCCAGAAUUAUCUUUCUCAUAUGAUAUUCUGUCGCCGCUUGUCGAGAGAUUCCUCAGUUCAACCCCAGCACUAGGUCUGUAUAGUAUCAUCCCGGCAUGUACAAGCUUGGAACUAAGCCAUGACCAUCCCCUUGAGCUGGCCUUCGGGGAUCUGCUUCUCCAGCCAGAAGUUCGCUGCACUCUGGUUGCAGUGGCUUUGGAACUAUAUGGGCAUACUGCUUCCGGAUACAAAGUGAAAAGAGCUAUCAUAGAUCGAGACUCCCUUCACUUUGCUACUCUUUCGUCGAUUCAAAAUAUCUCGUUGAGGAACGACCAACUCACGGCAGCAAACGCACUCUGUCUCCUUCUGCUCAGCUAUACCUGGUUUACAACGGAACAGUUUGCCGAAUCCUCACUACGAUGGUGUGCCCUUGCAAGGAUUGUUUUAGACCAUGGCCAUGGGGAAAUGUGGAAUCAGUCUCUCUAUGCUAGAGAACAGGCCCGUCGGACAAAUAUCGGAUUGAGCUUGCAAGAGUGCUCUCUAUCCCUAGCCCAGAAUUGCGUGGAUACUAUCCUUCGACCGCGAGUUGAUUCCAACAUAUCACUUCCAUUCGUAACAGACGACGAGUGGCACUCAAUCAGUCAAUCAUCCAAUUCUCACACAUAUCUUGCAUUGUUCAACCCAUUUAUCAGUAUUGUGAAAAAUAUUGUGCAGGAACACCUGAUUGGCUCACCACCCUGGAUAAAGACGGAAUCACAGCUAGAAGAUUACUUUUUCCAAUUCCCCGAAGAUCUUCUCCAAUUCAGCACAGUCAAAUACACUUACCAAUUCGAAGCAAUGAUAUGGCUACACGGUCUCUUCAUCAUACUCCAUUCCACCAGGGAUAUCAUCAAUCUACUCAAAAUGACAAUAUACAUCGAAACUGAUCGAUUUUGCCAUAUUCUUGAACACUCACUACUCCUCGGCGAGAUCCUACAGCCUAUGCUUUCCAUGGACGCUUCUCACAUUGAAAGUAUCUCCCCCACAACAAUAUACUUCAUCUGUCUCUCCUCCACAGUUCACUGUAUCGCCCUCCGCCAAUUUAUCGCCCAAUCCGAAUGCGAACAUAUCAGUCUCCCAGAUAAACUGAUCGAGUCAACAAAAUCUCACAUCGAGAUGUUGGAAACCUUACAAAGCUCUUACCGACGCGGCGAUCAGUUGCUCGUCCGUGAAAUAAAAUAUCUGCUAUCGUCAUGUCUGGACGCUGCAGCAAAUGACAGAGAAGCUGAUGUAGUUCAAUUCUCGUGCGAAAAUUUGUAUACAUAUCGGUGGACUCAUCGGGGGACGGGGAUGGUGAAGAUGGGACAGGAGAGUGCGAAGCAGGAGUGGAAUUAUGUUGAGGCGCCCGAGGAAAGCCUUUGGGAUGGGAUAACCGGGAUGGAGACUGAGUUGAUAGUUGCUAUUUUGCAGCUUUGUUCGUCGACACAGCGAAUAUGUUCAUCGGAGUAUUUUGAUUUGAGCAUUAUGAUACCAAUGUGA